AUGGCUGCCGCUCAAGUCUGCCCUGUUGUGGGCACGACCAAUACUGUCCUCCCGCCCAAACACCCCGACUUUGACAUGAACCAGCCUGGUCUCGUCUGCCCCGUCACCAAGGCGACCACCGAUCAUCAUCACCACCUUUCCAAGCAUCCCGGAAUCUUUGGCUCUUCUGUCGACGACCUCGCCAACGCUGAGUCGUGUCCUGCCCUCUCCAAGAUCGUCAGCCGCCCCGAGCAGCAGGCCAUGGAUGAGGCAAUUUGCCCUGUGGUCGGCACCGUCUCCAGCGUCCUCCCUCCCAAUCAUCCCUCUACCGAUGAUGCGAAGGACGGGGAUGUUUGCCCCGUGACCAAUGCCACUCUGGGCCAUCAUAAGGGCAAGGUACAUCAACACCCCAAUGUCGCCAAUGCGGCCAAGGGCGCAGUUUGCCCCGUCGUCGGUGCAGCUGGAAAGGCAUGA